CCCAGCCUUGCUGAUGCGUCUUCCAGCUCGAUGAUCUGCAGUCGCCUGGCCAGCGCAAUUCCGACGUCGAUUUACGACAUUGCUCACACGUCAUCCAUCACCUUACUUUGGCCGACUGCGGUGGACGAGUUCGAGGGCCCCUAGCUGCUCAUCACUGCUAAUUGCUCAUUGCUCAUGGGCGGAGUUUGAAGGCCGCAAAGAAUGUCGGCGUUUUGCUGCGUCGCAAGCAGCAAGAUGCAGCAGAGAAAGCCAAUCAAUCGCAAGUGCCACUGGAGACUCAAGCUGAUCGUGCAGUCACCCAGCAGUUGUGGCGCUCUUGGGCACAUUCUGGGCCUCAGGCAUGUGCCCUGUGGCUUUCAGAAGCCUGGGCUAUGGCUGACCUUCUGCACCGGCGGUUGGUGUCCCCGCGUCGCUUCCUUCGCACAGUCUGACAGUGGUCACGAGUACUUUCUUCCCUCGGCUUUUGGGUGCGCCUGCCAGCAUUGAUGUGAGCGCCGCUUCUUCUAGCGACCCCGCGGCAUGUUGCUGCAGAGCAUCUCAUAGUGAUAUGAGCCACGCCAAUACUAUUGGGAUAGCCAAGACGUUCUAGCGCCUUCUAGCCUCUGCGCGGCGGCGCCUAGACCGCACUUGACCAUGAUACAUGGCGCUGCUGUCAACCAUUUCCCUCCCGACCUCUUCCCAAACUCGGUUGAGCAACGAUCUCUUCUGACGAUCGCGUCGCCGCGAGCCUUACAUCAGCAGCCUCGCGAUCGUCUGACAGUCGCCGGAAAGAGCGGGCUGUCGUAAUUGCUCACAAUGCUCAACGCGUCUCCCAAUCCGCUCUCCUCUUCUCCGCAGCUCCGCACAAAAAUUUGACAGUUUCACGGUCUCACGACGAGGCGCAAUAUUCACAUUCUCAAGAGACUCGGUCAAAUUCGAACGACCCCACAGCACGUGCCUCCUCAGCCAUUCCUCACUUGCUCUUGCGGAGCUUGCGCUCACCAACUCGCCGCUUGCGGAACACUGAGCAUCGGGCAUCGAUCAUCGCAGUCUCAUCUCGCCAGCCCUGUUGCGAGCCUGGAACGCUCCCAGCAUGCCCCCUUCUGAUGGCAAAUCACACGCUAUCACCUACCUGUGCGACAUGCAGCGGCUGACUUUCAACCGUCAGGUCUUAUCCUAUGAGCUAUCUAGUCGAACGUCGACCAACAACAGAUGAACAUUCACCGCAGCUAACCUGAUCGCUUGCGUCACUCGCAUCAUUCACAGCCCGCCAGGAAUGCGUCGCUCCAAUGAGGUAGGGUCUGUGUCUCAAAGAAUCUACGAUUGUGCCUCUGCUAGGAACGACAGGGCUUCUAGCGCCAUGCGACCACCCUUAUGUCGUCUGUCGAGCCAUGGCCAACAUGGUCUUCAGACCGUCAAUCCUUCUGGCGUCGUUCAGUGCUGCGAGCCAGAUGAGCGCCAGGAAUUUUCGAGCUGGCUGGAGCUGGUGUCGGAGUCUGAGCUUUCCGCAUUCGAAUGUCAUAUCACUCGACACUGCCUACAGAGGGUCCCGCGUCCAUACUAGCUGUAGCGAAGAGCGGUCGAUUGGACGCAGAGACAGGAUCCUGACAUGCACAUACACGGUGAGCCAGCUCUGCCACAGGGCAUAGCUGGCCGCCUAUCGUCAGGCACUCUGCGAACCGCCUUGCACGCCGUGCGAAAGGUAUAAGACGGGCCUGUUUAGACCUCUUCUUCCUUCCCAUCUCUCCUCAUCAAACACUUCUCAUCUUCUCUUCAACACCCUUCUUCUCUACACUUCAGCUUCAACCUUUUACAAAUUCUUUCAAGGCUCUUCAAA